AUGCCGAAGAAAGGAGAACAUAAACUGCAGCUAGUGAAGCCAUGGCAUAUUUCCUCAAUCCUCCGAGAAACCCUUUUCUCUCCCCUUCUUUUGCUCGCUUUCGUCCUCUUUGUCGUCAUUUCCAACUACUGCACGGACUUUUGCUUCAUGCAAGGCCAAAAAGUUCCUCACAAAACUAAUUAUCCCACUAACCGGACCUUAAUCUUACCGCCCGGCAAGACAAAAUGGGAUGGAAAAUUGCCUUUCGCCAUUGGUGGAAAAGGUAAUGUUAGCGGUUGUGAUGUGUUUGACGGGAAAUGGGUUCGUGAUUAUACGGAGCCAUUGUACCAAGAGUGGGAAUGCCCGUUUAUCGGGCCUCAGCUGACAUGCUUAGAGCACGGCAGGCCCGAAAAAGACUACCGUUAUUGGAGGUGGCAGCCUCAUGGAUGUUCCAUUCCUAGCUUUAAUGCUACGUUAAUGCUUGAAGCUCUUAGAGGAAAAAGAAUGAUGUUUGUUGGAGAUUCUCUUAACAGAGGCCAGUUUACUUCCUUGAUUUGUCUUCUUCAAAGGGACAUACCUCAACAAGCCAAAUCCUUUAAAAUGAUCGGUUCCUUUUUCAUCUUUACAGCCAAGGAAUUCGAAACUACAAUCGAAUUCUAUUGGGCCCCAUUUCUGCUCGAAUCGAACUCGGAUGAUCCGUACAAGCAUAGAGUGUCUAAUAGAAUUAUUCGAAAUAAUUCGAUCGACGUGCAUGGACAGCAUUGGGUAGGAGCAGAUAUACUUGUGUUCAACACCUAUAUUUGGUGGAUAUCAGGAUUGAAGAUAUUAUUAGGAGGUUCAUUUGAAGAUGAAGUUAAAGAAACUGUAGAGGUGGCAAAGGAAGAAUCUUAUGGCAUGGCCAUGAAGAGUUUGGUAAAAUGGAUAGACAAAAAUGUUGAUCCUGAAAGAACCAGAGUUUUCUUCACCACCAUGUCACCCACACAUCAAUGGAGCUACAAAUGGCAUGGGGACCCUAAGGGCAAUUGCUACAAUGAAACAACAAUGAUAGAAGACCCAAACUUUUUCGGGGCCGAGAAGAGCCUAAUGGAAGUGACCGUAAACGAGCUCAACAAGUCGAUUAUUCCAAUCACGCUCGUGAACAUCACACAACUAUCGAGUUCUAGAAAAGAUGCACACACGUCAAUUUACAAGAAGCCGUGGGGAACUUUGACUGAAAAGCAAGUGGCAAACCCUAAAAGUUACGCCGAUUGCAUACACUGGUGUCUGCCCGGGCUUCAGGACAUCUGGAACGAGCUUUUGUUCACGAAGCUAUUUUAUCCAUGA